CGCAACCUGGCAACGCGGCUCCGCGAGUAUGACAUGCGUUCUAACCUCAAUGUCUAUCGAUCAAUGAAGAAACGUAAACAAACCGUUUUAUUUCACCCUUGUGUUACUCAAUAAUAAAUAAAUAACAAAAUAAUGAUUUUAAAUAAGGGGUUAAGAGGGACAUGCGCACAGUGCCUAAGAAACUGGUCGACCAGCUCAGUGGUUUUUCUUGAGAAACAAAGCAAAUAUGCAGUCACCCCCGAUGAAAAUGUGCUAAAAGACUUAAGGGAUGAGGUGUAUAAGCCCCGGAAGCACCCUGGGGUGAUGAAGGAAAGCGCUACGGUAAUGCCGGAGGGGUUUGUGAAGGCUGCACUGAAUACUGUGGCAGAUUACCCAGUGAAGGCCUUAGUGGAAUCAGGAAAUACCCUCUCCAGACACCUAAAGGGCCGCGUGCCGCCCAUGGAACGGACCCAAAUCCUGCGAAAAUACGAACAAGUGCGGGAUAAGGUCCUAAGGCAGCACCUGGAUCGCGAAAUAACCAGUCAGGAGGAGGAGAGGAGGUUCCGACAAAUGAGCAAAGAUAAAAUCGACAACAUUAUGAGGGAAAAAAUUUACAAUUGGAAGCCCAUGAGGUACGACGUUUACUCCUCGCUCGCUUAUUUGUUAGUGAGGGCCCCGGCGGAGUACGCGGUCUUACGGCGGAUCUUGGGGGAAAUCGCCAGGCGGGAUCCCGAAUUCACCCCCAGGAGCCUGUUCGAUUUCGGAUCGGGGGUGGGCACGGUCACGUGGGCCGCCAACUUCUACUGGAAAAACCAAAUUUACGAAUACUUCAACGUCGACUGCUCGUCGGACAUGAACGACUUGGCGCAGGUGUUACUGCAGGGAGGGCGGGGGAACGCCCCUAGCUCCCUUAAGGGCGCAUUUUUCCGGCAGUUUCUACCCGCAUCAAAUGUGGGGUACGACCUGGUCGCUUCCGCUUAUUCCAUGAUGGAGCUUCCCUCCAUGGAAACCCGAUUGGACACCAUUUUGAAUCUGUGGAAUAAGACGCAGAAGUAUUUGGUGGUGGUGGAGCAGGGCACCAAUGCCGGAUUUAAGGUUAUAAACGAAAUCCGGGACUUUAUUCUUCAGAUAGACAAAGAGGGCAGCGUAGGGCACGUGUUUGCCCCUUGUCCCCAUGACCAGUCAUGUCCCAGGUACGUCCGGGAUGACGGGACUCCUUGUAACUUCGAAGUUAGAUACUGGACGAUGCCCGUUGGGCAAAAAAGCGAAUGUCGUACCGAGAGGUACUGCUACGUGGUGCUAAGAAAAGGUAAAAGGGAGGACAGUGACCAACCUAAAUGGCCCAGACUAGUCCGUCCGACCCUAGUGAAGUCCAAGCACACCCUAUGUAGGAUAUGCAGCUGCAAGGGGCAACUGGAGGAUGUGAUUUUUACCAAGAAAAAACACGGAAAGUUGACUUACCAUUGCGCCAGGGCCUCCAGAUGGGGCGACCUGCUGCCCAUCACCCUAGAAACGAACGAGGAAAUUAAUAAUAAAGAUACCGAGGACUAAA